UGGCAGGGAGGAGGGUGGCAGUUGCCCUGACGAUCAGCGGUCGCUGCGCGCGCGCGCGAGAGAGAGAGGGAGAGAGAGCGCGCGCGAGAGAGGGAGAGAGCGGGAGAGAGCAGCUCCGGUCCAAAUCAAGGCGUCGUACACCCGAAACCAGGCCGCACCGGGAGGGGCGGGAGUGGGUGGCGAGGAUCCCGGGAAGAGUCGUCGCUCGACGGGGAGAACCGCCCACGACCAGGUACCGAGGCCGAGCGCGGAUGGCUGAGUGUGACUGCACAGAUGCUCUGACUGGAGUAGCAUGGACCUCGAGCCAGAACAGCUGUCCCAAGGAGUAUAAAAUAAUCACGACCACUGCGGAUGGUUCCUCCGCCAACUUCACCAAGGGCUUUGGCAAGUCUGGCUGCUUCCUGUGCGUCAGCGCCCUGAUACUGAAGGAGAACCCACAGGGAGAUAUUGUGUCUGAAAUCCAGCUAUUGCCUGAUAAAUCGCCUCUACCCUUGGGGUACAGCUUCAUCAACGAGUUCCUAGACUCCAAGGUCACGGUGUCUAAGAAGAAGCGUCUGUGUGUGAAGCGGGUGCCGUUCAGCGAAGCGGACACGGCUGUGUUUGAUAUUAAACUGACGGUGAAAAGCAAGCAGAUCGUCCCCUCCUACACCUGCAUAGGGGAGCUGAAUGGCUUCAUUAUAUGGUGCAAGAAAGGGCAGUUGUCCCGACCCAAACCCAAACCCUCCCCCAAAACCCGAGCCAUCAACAAGGAGAUGAGCGAGCUGAGCCUGGAGAGAGAGACGCUGGGGGUCUUCAACCAAGUGAGACAUGGUGCUCCGCAGCCGCGUCUGGGCAAGAGGCGGUCGACCCUGGAGGCCAAAGACACGAUUUACAACUCGGAGAAUAUCUACGGCAUCUCUGCGAUGGAUGGCGUGCCAUUUGUAUUGCACCCUCGGUACGAAAAGCCACUGACUGUAGUGCCCUGCGCAUUCGUUGGCAGUGUGCAAAUCAUGUCCCAGACCGACAUAGAGAGCAAAUACGGCUACAGCUUUGUGACAGAGAAGUCAGCGGCCACCAGACCGCCUCCCACACCCUCUUAAGGAGCACAGAAACCUGGAGGCGACUCAGGACACGAGGGGAAGGGAGUG